UUGAGCUUUUGACUGUCCUCCACGGUUUUCUCAGGGUUAUAUCCUCCAUAGACCGAGCUCUCUCCUUCUCUUUCGGACUCGAGAGGAAACUUAAAUCCGCUUCAGCUUCUAGAUUUCCGCCCUCUGCAGCCCAUUUUGGUCGGCCGGUGGCCCUCCGACUUCUCGCUCAUCGCCGGCGGCGGCGCCGCCGAGUUCACGGACUCUACCUCGGUGAAACAGUUCUCUUCUGUCGGUGAGCCAGCUUCCCAAGUAGGCUUGACAAGCUCUUCUUAUCGGAGUGAUAGUAGCUAGGAGUUCUGGAUAUAUUCUUUUUCUUGCCGUCUAGGGCUUUUGGAGUUGUUUCAUUGUUGUCUUGAGAUUGAUGAAAGUCCGAAGGAAGAUCUACAAUCUAUGACGACGGGGACUCCGGGGCGUCGCUGGAUGGUGUUGAAGCUCCGGAGCUGGUCGCACAUGGAAUGGCAGAUCUAUUUGGGCAUGGAAACGCUGAUCCGGAUGUCGAGAAGGCAUUUGUGGCUUUGAAGAAAGGCAGCCAAUUGCUAAAGUAUGGUCGCACAGGGAAACCAAAGUUUUAUCCAUUUAGAUUGUCAAAGAGAGAAGACUUUGAAGUUGACUUCUGUUUCAAGAAUUAUACCUGGACAAAGAACACCUGUUUUUCACAGAUACCUUCAACCUGAAAAGGAUUUUUUGUCAUUUUCACUAGUAUACAACAACGGUAAACGGUCUCUUGAUCUGAUAUGCAAAGAUAAAGUUGAAGCUGAGUUGUGGUUUACAGGCCUUAGGGCUCUGGUCUCAUCUGGACAGGAUGGACGCCUGAAGAUUGAUGGAUGGACUGACGGGGUUUAUCUUCAUAGUUGCAAGCGCUUGAUAUAUAGCAGUCAAAGUGACAGUCUAUCAGGAACCUUGCAGGAUUCUCCUGUUAGAAAGGUAGUCGACAACGCAUUGCCUAAAGAGCCUCCUCAGAGCAUGGUAAACGUAGAAAGAACAGAUGCGUCGAACAUGCAAGUAAAAGGAGCCUCUGAUGUUUUCAGAGUCAGCGUGUCCAGUGCUCCUAGCACUUCCAGUCAUGGUUCUGCUCAGGAUGAGUCGGAUGGAUUUGGAGAUGUGUAUAUUUGGGGCGAGGUCUUGAGUGACUCCUCCAGAACUGGGCCCGAGAAAAUCAUUAGUUUUUCUAGUACAAGAAACGACAUCCUCAUUCCAAAGCCUCUAGAUUCUCGUAUAGUUUUGGAUGUUCAACAUGUGGCUUGCGGGGUACGGCAUGCCGCUCUCGUAACUAGACAGGGAGAAGUAUUUACAUGGGGCGAAGAAUCUGGUGGAAGGCUCGGUCAUGGUGUGGCAACUGAUGCCAUUCACCCUCGUCUCGUUGAAUCCUUAUCAUCCUCUAACAUCGAUUUUGUUUCUUGUGGAGAAUUUCAUUCUUGUGCUGUUACUGCUAGUGGCGAGCUUUAUACUUGGGGAGAUGGCGCCCAUCAAUCCGGGCUACUCGGUCACGGCACUGACAUCAGCCAUUGGAUUCCUAAAAGGGUUUCAGGACCUUUGGAAGGACUUCAAGUCGCGUCCGUCUCUUGCGGAACUUGGCAUACAGCAUUGAUAACCACAACCGGUCAGUUAUUCACAUUUGGGGACGGCACUUUUGGUGUUUUAGGCCAUGGAAACAGAGACAGUGUUUCGUAUCCUCGGGAAGUCGAAUCUUUGAUGGGUUUGAAGACUGUUGCUGUCUCGUGUGGAGUCUGGCAUAUGGCUGCUGUUGUCGAGGUUAUUGUAACACAAUCAAGCGCAUCUUCUAGCAAGCUAUUUACUUGGGGCGACGGAGACAAGUAUCGGCUCGGUCAUGGUGACAAAGAGCCGCGCCUUAAGCCCACUUGCGUGCCAUCCCUCAUCGAUUACAAUUUUCACAAGAUAGCAUGCGGUCAUAGCCUUACAAUUGGCUUGACCACUUCGGGCCACAUCUUCACCAUGGGAAGCACUGUUUACGGCCAGCUCGGGAAUCCCCAUUCCGACGGAAAACUUCCAUGCUUAAUUGAGGAAAAGCUUGCCAAUGAGUCUGUUAAAUCUGUUGCUUGUGGUGCUUAUCAUGUCGCGGUUUUGACAUCGAGAGGCGAAGUUUACACAUGGGGAAAGGGAGCAAACGGUCGAUUGGGUCAUGGAGAUCUCGAAGAUCGAAAGACGCCUACGCUUAUCGAAGCUUUAAAGGACAGACCCAUCAAACACGUCGCUUGCGGGGCGAAUUUCACGGCCGCCAUAUGUCAUCAUAAGUGGGUUUCUGGUGCCGAGCAAUCGCAAUGCACGGCGUGCCGACAAACGUUUGGGUUCACUCGAAAGCGACACAAUUGCUACAAUUGCGGCCUCGUGCAUUGCCAUUCUUGUAGUUCACGAAAGGCUUUGAGAGCUGCAUUGUCUCCGAAUCCUCGAAAACCUUAUCGAGUAUGUGAUUCGUGUUAUAUCAAGUUGAACAAAGCCGUUGAAUCUGGUGGGAUGUUGGAGAAGAAGAUUGUUGUUCCUCGUCUAUCGGGCGAAAGUAAAGACCGGUUUGAUAAAGCAGAUACAAAAAUAUUGAAAGUGGCUUCACCUAGCAAUUUUGAUUUGAUUAAAAAUCUGGAUAUUAAAGCUGCUAAAUUUGGAAAGAAAUCUGAUUCGUUGCCUUCGAUUCGCACUUCGCAAUUGCCUUCAAUUUUACAACUCAGAGAUGUUCCGUUUUCUGCCGGGAUGGAUAUGCAACAAGUAAAUUCCAGAUUAGCGAACAUUUCAGCUAUUCAGUCUAACAAUCAUUCCAGAGCAGUUUCUCCAUUUUUGAGGAAGCUUAGUCCUCCACGUUCUGCAACUCCCAUUCCGACAAUGGCUGGUCUUUCAUUCUCCAAAAGCAUAGCUGAAAGCUUGAAGAAAACAAAUGAGCUUUUAAACCAAGAAGUACAAAAGCUGCGCGGCCAAGUUAAUAGCUUGAAUCAGCGCUGUGAACUUCAAGAAAUUGAGAUACAGAAGUCUGCGAAGAAAAUUAGGGAAGCCAUGAUGCUUGCUACAGAGGAGUCUGCGAAGUCAAAAGCUGCAAAAGAAGUCAUCAAAUCUCUGACUGCACAGCUUAAGGAUAUGGCAGAGAGACUCCCACAGGGUGUCUAUGAAGCUGAUCCCAUUAAAUUACGAUCUCUACCAAAUGGCAUUGACACGCAUACUUCUCAUCACAUCGAUUCAAUCGGAGUGCAGAAUUCAAUCAACGGAGACAGUGAUUUACAGCAACUUCAUACGAAUGGAAUUGUCAAGCUGAAUCAUGUGCCGAGAAAUGACAUCGAAGCUAAUGGAAUCAACACUAACAUUCAAAAUCUCGAGUUUUCUAAUCCAAUUGGAACGGAAAAAAACACGAAUACAAAACAUGGCGUGGACACCGAACCGGAGCCACACAUAUCGAAUUCUAGGUCUGAUUUCUCCAACAACAAUGAAUCCAAAUCUGUUCAAACUAUGGAGAAUGGUUCAAAGCCAGCAGUUAAUCAAAUUGAGGCCGAAUGGAUCGAGCAAUAUGAACAUGGGGUAUAUAUUACACUAACGGCUCUUCUUGAUGGCACGCGAGAUCUGAAACGAGUUCGUUUCAGCCGAAGAAGAUUUGGAGAGCAGCAAGCUGAAGCAUGGUGGUCGGAGAAUCGCGACAAGGUGUACGAGAAAUACAAUGUGAGAGGAUCAGAGAAGUCUUCGUCCACACUUUCUUCGUGAUCCGGAGCAUGGAGAGUUCUGCUGAGAGAACCAGGAUGUGUUAGUAUAAGCUUUUUUAUUUAUAUUUGUUUCAUUUUUAAGAAUAUGAUAUAUUUCUUUCCUUAUCCAUUGUAGUGUAAUGUAUAUAUAUGCAAUUACUAGAUUGUUCUUUUAUAGGGUAGAAGAAGAAUAUUGUGCCCUUUUCAUUGUACAACCUCUCCUUAAGGGCUAAUGAACCUCCAUGAAAGUAGGAAUGUCUCCACAAUGUUCACCAAA